AUGCUUAUCCAAAGAAGGAAUAAAAAUUCGAGGGGUCUUUUAACAAUAAUUGCUCUGUGUUGUAUUUCCAAAAUCACUGGUUAAGCCAUACUGACCCCAUCUGUCGACCCCCUACUAUACUAUAAAGCUACUAAUGAACAAUGCUUAAGAGAUGAAGAAUGCGCAUCUAAGUGCUGCUAUAGUAAACUAUGUAUGGAGACUCUUAAGGAAUGUGCUAGUCAACGACAGGAAUUAUUAUCUAAAAUCCUUUCUUAAAUGGAGCAGAGGCAAUUGGCUCUCCUAAGUCUUACUUAGACCGAUACUCCUUCUAUCCUUUCAACUAAUUAAGAGCAAAUCGCCUAUGUUAAUGGCACUAUUGGCCUUUUUGAUUCUUCAAUCGUUCAAAAUUUAAUACAUGAGUAUUCAUAGUUGAGUUCAAUAUCAGGUAAUACAGUUGAGAAUCAAAAUAUUUUGGAUAUACAAGAAUUAAUCCAAUUAGACUCCAAAAUCCUACUACCAUCAAUUAGUAGACGGGAAAUGAAUUCUGAGCAUUUGCUCGAGCAUUCAGUACUAUAAAAUGAUAUUUAAUCUGAAGGCUCAAGAGAAGGCGCCUAUCUUAAUAGCUAAGGAAACUAAAUCAGAUUUUAACAAGAUCAUAACGACGAAGAAGUACAGAAAUAACCAAAGCAAGCCCCAGUCUAAAGUAUAGUUGAUUCAUAAACUAAUAUGGAUAAACCAGACGAUGAAACACAAAUAAAUGGAUAAACACCAAGCUAAGUCUAAUCAUCAGAACUUAAGAAUUCUGAUAAAGAUAAUGAAAACACCCAUUAGGAGACAGAGGCCGAGUUAAAAGAAUCUUAAAAUGUUCAAUCCCCUGUUGUAGAAGAGUCCUCAUCUUUAACAAUAGAAUCAAAUAGAGAGCCUUAUCUAACAGCACUGGUCAUUUUGCUACUUUUAGUGUUGCUCGGUGCAGGUGGUUUGAUUGUGUUGGCCCUCAAAGGCGAUAGUUUCCAAAUGAGGUUGAAGGAGAAGCACUGGCUUUAUGAGUAGACGGACAUAGUUGAUGAUUAAUAUGUAAGACUAUUAUGA